AUGAAUGUGCUAGAGUCGCGUGAGCUGCACUCCACUCCUAUUACUCCCGGUGGUUUACGUUAUUCUCGCACAACUAAUUGCGAUGAGCUCUUGUUUUGUGACGAAUGGUCUGGGGGGAUCAGGAGGACAGUGCUCUGUAAUCCGUGGCUGAGACAGACUAAAAGGAUAUUUAACAUAGAGUAUUUCGAAGUUUUCGGCAUAGGGUACGAUAAUAGUGGACCAGAAAAGGUUUACAAGAUCUUGGGCUAUUCUUCUUGUCGCCACAACGAGGGAACUGCGAUCUACGAUUGUGCCUCUCACGCGUUGAAGUUUAUUGAUCAGGAGUGGAUCAAGAGGGAAACAGCUAAAGGAACAAUAGUUUCCUUGAAUGGAAAUCUCUAUUGGAUUACUCUUGAUGACGAGACUCGUGAGCACAUCAUCCAAUGCUUUGAUUUCCCUACGGAGAGGAUCAAGCCGUUAUGUCUCGUCCCGUAUCAGACGAACCAUCCUCUUGAUGUACUUCACCUCGCGCAAUGCAAUGAAACAAGGAAGGUUGAGGUUUGGUUAACGAAUAAGGUCGACGAAGAGGAACUGACACAGUCAUAA